GGAAGCGGAAGCGGAAGUAGAGCGGAUGACGUCGCCUUCCGAGGCUCGGGCUGUUUAUUGUUCGUUGUGGCCGAGAGAGCGGAGCAAAGCGACGGGAAAAAGGCCGAAGGAAGAGGCGCCUUUGUGUUGGUGAAGUGAAGAGCUGCAGGCGGAACGCAGGAGCCCGAGCGCCGGGACAUGGCGUACGCGUACCUCUUCAAGUACAUCAUCAUUGGGGAUACGGGAGUGGGAAAGUCAUGUUUGUUACUGCAGUUCACAGACAAGCGCUUUCAGCCAGUACAUGACCUCACAAUCGGUGUAGAAUUUGGAGCAAGAAUGAUCACCAUCGACGGGAAACAGAUAAAACUGCAGAUCUGGGAUACGGCCGGCCAGGAGUCAUUCCGCUCCAUCACCAGGUCAUACUAUCGAGGAGCGGCUGGAGCCCUGCUGGUCUAUGACAUCACAAGAAGAGACACCUUUAAUCACUUGACGACCUGGUUAGAAGACGCACGCCAACAUUCCAACUCCAAUAUGGUCAUCAUGCUCAUUGGAAACAAGAGUGACCUCGAGUCUCGGCGAGAGGUCAAGCGGGAGGAGGGGGAGGCCUUUGCCCGGGAGCAUGGCCUCAUCUUUAUGGAGACCUCAGCCAAGACCGCAUCUAACGUAGAGGAGGCAUUCAUCAACACCGCAAAGGAAAUUUAUGAGAAGAUUCAGGAAGGAGUCUUUGAUAUAAACAACGAGGCGAAUGGGAUCAAGAUCGGCCCCCAGCACGCUGCUACCAACGCCGCGCUGUCUGGGAACCAGGGAGGACUGCAGGCUGGGGGUGGCUGCUGCUGAGGCUACUCUGUCGCAGGGGUUGGGUCCACUGGCCCUCUUAGCCCUGUCAUGUCUUACCUGAUUGGCUUGGUUCUCUGAACCUCAUAGCUCCACCCUGUCUUACUUGAUUGUUUGGGUUCACUAACCCUCCUCGCCCCACCCUGCUUUGUCUGAUUGGUUGGGCCUAGUGACACUUUAAGCUCCGCUCCUUUCAUCUGAUUGGUUUAUCUUCACUGACCCUCUCACCUCCUGCCUUCAUUUAAACCUGUGUUCAAAAUGUCACUGAGCACCCAGACAGCAUCUGGGGUUUCAGUCCCACGGGAGCGGGAUGUAUGAUUGUAGUUGUAUCUGUUUGACAUUCAUUUUUUUUUCAUUUUCUGUUAUUACUUUUUAUUAGGGUUUCUUUUUUUUUUUUUGCAAAAUUAAUGACACUAAAAGGUACUCAGUGUUUUAAUGCAUCUCUGGAUGAAGUCUGGCUGUUGUGGAGAUUUGAGGUUCAAAUUGUUAGAUUUUACACAGGAGCUCGUUCCAUGUCCGAGGCGGAAAGAGAAGAAGCAGGACUCUUUUAUUCUGUAUUUAUGAUUCAUGUUCUGUACAUAGACUUAUGGCUUUGUGCUGCAGGUUUAUAUUCACCAGACUGGGUCUUUAAGGCUCAUUCCACACCAUAGAGUUUGGACGCACGGUAGCACUGCUGGCAGCCACUCUGCUUUGACAAGUUUUUAGUAUUAUUAGAAAUGAUCUUUUAGCUCCUCCUGCCUUUUGCCAUUUCUCCAUUUAUCCUCCUUUACAAACACAUCUGUGUGGCAGCUUUAGCUCCAUAUUCUGACUCUUUCAAUGCCAAAAUAUCUCUAUCUGUGUUAAUCAAUCCCACCAUUUGACAUGACUGCCACCUCCCAAGUCUGCUGUUUGCCUUAAAAAGACGCAGAUAAUUUAGGUACUACGAAACAAGUGAAACACACAAAUAGUUCCUUGUUGUUCUGUACAUUAUGGGCUCAUAUCACACUGUACGUUUAUAAGCCGAGCAAGAUGGAGCGGAUCAGUACCAGCUAUACCUCACGUUGGCCAUACGAGCAACCUGGACCCCUGACUCUUACCCCUCCCCACCGUCAGGGUGAGAGGAAUGCAUGGUGCAUCACAGAGGCCAAAUCUGGAGCACAUUUGUCACUCUCAGCUGUAUUGGUUGUGUUUAUUAUGAACAUGAAAACAACAUUAAAUCUAAAUCCUUUGGUCAAAUAUGUCAAACUGGUUUUCCUUUUAAUUAUUGCAAGUCCAGGGCAAUUUUUUUGACUCUGUUUUGCUUCUUUGUGAAUUUUGCGCUUUAUGUGUAGCGCUCCCUUCAGGCAUCUGUAUAAAUGCAUUUCCCUCAUUAAUAUGUUUAAAAAAGAAAAAAGCAAG